GAGCGAAAGAGUGCAGCUUCCAGCAUCAGUUGCGCUUGAAACGCGACAGCGAGCGAUUGUCUCUGGCUGUUCAUCCUCUACGUCGCUAUCUCUCAUUGUUAUCUAUCAACCAAUCAGUAUGAGCAAGUUCUAUUGGCGAAACAAGGUGGCUGUCAUAACCGGUGCCUCUGUGGGCAUUGGAGCUAGUACGGCCGUUACUUUAGCCAAUGCCGGCAUGGUUGUGGUUGGCCUGGCCCGGCGCUCUGAGCUCAUCGAGGCACUGAAAGAACAAGUGACCGGCGAGGGAAAAAUAUUUGCGCGUCAAUGCGAUCUAAGCGAUGAACGCCAACUGACGGAAACUUUCAAUUGGAUACAGGAACGUUUCCACUGCAUUCAUGUUCUAGUAUGUAAUGCGGGCAUACUGAAGGCCAACUUUUUGAGUGAGUCACCUACGAAGGACAUCAAGGAGCUGUUCGACUUGAAUGUGGUAGCCACAGCUUGUUGCUUGCGUGAGUCCUUAAAGCACAUGGCAGCCAUCAAAGUGCGCGGCCAUAUUGUGGUCAUAAAUAGCGUACUUGGACAUCGCAUACCGGAAGUGCCGGUACCUUUAUUCAGCGUUUAUCCGGCCACGAAGCAUGCAAUUACAGCACUUUGCCAAACGGUGCGCCAGGAAAUACAUUUUCUCAAAUUAAAUAUUAAAUUAACGAGUAUCUGUCCUGGCAUGGUAGACACCGAUUUUCUGAAUGUUUACUCUCAAGCGGUGGCGGAAUUGCCCAAGCUGCAAGCUCAGGAUGUGGCCAAGGCAGUGUUGUAUGCCCUGGACACGCCCGAUGGAGUCCAGGUAGAGGACAUUAUUUUGCAACAGAUGCGGAAAAUCGAAUAGGCUAAUAAAAUGUAAUGAUCAGCGAAUACGCCCAUCAGAAAAUAUGCACUGAAAUUACAUAUAUACAAUAUAUGAAAUUAUAAAAUUA